GCACCUGCUUGGUUUAAAGCCCAGCCAAACAGAUAAGUGCCCUUUUAAUUAUCUCAGAACAGUGUUUUAGGCGCAGCUGUGCACAGCAUCUCUCUUCAGUUUCAAUUCGGUGAGCCUUGAGGACACUUGGGAGACUGUAGCUCCUGAAUGCAUGACCUUCCCCUGUGAUUAGAAGAAUGGGGAAGGACAAGAAAGAAGAGGCCAUCUUUCUGAGGCAAAAGAUAACUUUGCUGAGGGCUUUCUCGCUCCUCAUCGGCAGCAUGGUUGGCAGUGGCAUCUUUAUCUCCCCAAAAGGAGUACUGAAAAACACUGGCACUGUGGGUUUCUCCUUGGUUGUCUGGUUUGCCUGUGGGCUCCUCUCAAUGUUUGGUGCCUUGUGUUAUGCAGAGCUUGGAACAAGGAUCACCAAGUCUGGAGGACAUUACAUCUACAUUUUGGAGACGCUAGGGCCUCUGCCAAGCUUCUUAUUCCUGUGGGCAGAGUUUUUUGCUAUCAGGCCUGCCAACAGUGCCGUGGUUGCCUUGGCAUUUGGACGGUACAUGCUGGAGCCAUUCUUUGCCCCCUGUGCAGCCCCUGUCCCUGCAGUGAAGCUUGUGUCUCUCAUGGGGUACUACAUGGUCCUCACCCUCAAUUCCUGGAGUGUCACCUGGAGUGCCCGGCUGCAGACGGCUCUCUCCGUUGUUAAACUCCUGGCUCUUGCACUCAUCAUCGUGCCAGGGAUGAUGCUGCUGGCCCAGGGCCACACCGAAAACUUCCAGGAUGCUUUUGACAGAGAGUCACUAGUUUUGGAUAAGCUCCCCCUGGCUUUUUACGCAGGCAUGUUCGCAUAUUCAGGCUGGUUUCAGGCCAGCUUUGUGCGCGAAGAGUUGGUCAGACCUGAACGAAAUAUUCCCCUGGCUGUCAUCAUCUCCGUGAUCACGGUAAUUGUGGGGUACAUGCUCACCAACGUCUCCUAUUACACAGUCCUGGGAACACAAGAUGUUCUGGCUUCUCCUGCUGUGGCUGUGAGCUUUGUGCAGCGAGCCUUCAAAAGCCUGAUCUCUGUGGUCCCCGUCCUUGUCGCACUGUCCUGCUUUGGAACCAUGAAUGGAGGAAUCUUCACAUUUUCAAGGACUCUGUUUGUGGCUUCCAGGGAAGGACAGUGGCCUCCUCUCUUCUCCAUGAUCCACAUUCGAAGGCAUACACCCCUUCCUGCUGUCAUGUUAAUGUUCCCUUUGGUCACUGCCAUGGUGUGUGUUGGAGACAUCUACCAUCUAUUGAACUUCUUCAGCUUUUCCCGAUGGCUCUUCAUAGGAUUAGCCACCCUGGGGCUCAUUGUCCAUCGCCACCGUCACCCGGAGCUGCACAGCCCAUUCAAGGUUCCCCUGUUUGUUCCUGUCUCUUUUACCAUCAUCUGCCUCUUCACAGUGGCAAUGUCCUUCUACUCAGACCCUGUGAGCAUUAGCAUUGGAUGCACCGUGGUUUUAAGUGGUUUUCCAGUCUACUAUGUCCUAAUUCAUAGGCAGAUGUCAGACCGUUGCCGUAACCUGUUUUAUUAUCUUACACACAAACUACAGUUACUGCUGGAAGUUGUUCAACAAGAAAUCAAGACUUAUUGAGAAAACUGUCAGAACUCACAGGAGAAAAUAAAAUCUACUU